AUGGAUUUGGUUUCUAAAAUUUUACUUUUGAUUUGGUGUUUCAUCACCUCAAUUCAUUGUAACAUAAAGUAUAAUUAUAACAAAUUUAAUAAUUUUACCAAUUUUAAUAAUUAUAAAUAUAAUAAUUAUAGAAAAUAUAAUAAUUUAAGUUUCAUAACUGUUCCGAUAAAUUUAAAAUCAUAUACAACAAAUGUAAAUUCAUUAAAUGAUGAAAAAACGGUUGUUCUGACUGAGAAACCAAUAAAUGCUCAAAAUACUGAUUUCAUAUUACCUAGUCAGUCAAAGGCUAAAAUCUUGCCUUUCACUGGUAAUUUGGUUAAAAAUGCUGAUAAACUAAAAUAUAUAAAAAACAAGUAUGAACUUAUUAAGGUUAAAAUUAAUGAUUUAUUGUAUCCUAAGGAUUCAACACCUGAAGUUGUUAAAUUCAUAAAUUAUAAAUAUUUGGAAAGAUUCCUCCUAUCAUUUUACUCUUCAAUUACCACAAAUAUUAAAUUCAACAACACACCUGAAAGCGUGGCUAAAACUCUAGAAGAAACAGCUAAUAAACAAAAUGGAAACAAAUUUCUAAUGACGUUCACCAGUUUUAUGUUUAAGGAUUUAUUUUCAAAGAUUAUUAAUUAUUAUUGGUUUAACAAACUGAAUGUUUCUAGUUCUCCAAAAUUAUUUAGAAUUUCAAGCACUUUGAUGUUUAGUUUAUUCGGCAUUUUGGACUCGUUUAUUAAUUACAAGUUAAUUGAGCCUAAAGUUGUAUUACUUGCUAUAAACAAUGUUUUUAAACAACUUUCACUGCUGACAUUAAAUAAUCUCAAUAAUGUGUACACUCAGGAUAAAGGGUUUGUUGUAAAGGAUAAUAAUUACAUUUUUGAUCUUCUGGGUAUGUCAUUUGGGCUUUUGGCUUCACACAUUUUAAACAAAUUUGGCAAUUUUAAAUUCACAGCCGUUUUAACAAAUCUGAUCGCAAAUAAUCUUACAUCCUUCUACUUAACUUCCUUUAAAUAA